AGUGCGAAGUACUAGGGGCAAAACUAAAAACGCGAAUUAAACGAAAAUGAUGGACGAGCAAUUAAUUGACGAGGUAGCCCAGCAUGGAGUAAUUUACAACCGGCAGAAGUAUUACCUGAACGGCAGCACCAAUGGCGGCAAGUACGAGACGAAGGACGAGGCCUGGCAGCUGAUUGCCAUGAAGCUGCGCACGGAUGUGGACACGUGCAAGAAGCGGUGGAAAUAUCUGCGAGAACGCUACGUCUCCCAGCGGAAGCAGGGCGAUCCGCCGGUCUACGAACACCUGUCGCGCCCGUACCUGGAGAAGAUGAAGUUCCUGGACCAGCACAUCCAGCCCCGCAAGUCCUACCGCCAUGUGCCGAACUUCCUCACGUCGCCACAGUCGGCCAACAGCUCCAGUUAUAACGAUUAUCAGGCACUGGACAAAUCCAACAGCUCCAAUGGCAUGAAGAACGUGUCUCAGUUUGGCGGCGGCGGCUCGAGUCAGGGCCAUCACUACCACCAGCCCGAUCAGCAGCAGCAGCAUCAUUCCAUGAGUGCCUUGAGUACGGCAGCAGCCUCGGCGCUGGAGACCGUCAACGGGCAAGUCAAGAUCGAGGCGGAUCAGGUCUUCAGGGACUUUGCUGCGGCCGUCGCCUCGCAGCAACUCCAGCAAAUCUCACAAACACAAAUGCAACAGCAGGCGGCUGCCGUGGCGGCGGUUAUGGCGGAUUCCUCGCAGGGCUACCAGGAGCAGUACAAGGACAGCAGCUCCGUGGGUGUCUCGGGCGUUCAGAACAGUGCAGGCAGCCUCACCUCCACUUCUUCCUCGAUGAAGUCACCGCUUUCAUCGCCGCUGCAGGUGAUCAGCGCAGGCAGCCUUCACCCUCAGCAACAGCAACAGCAGCAAUCACAGCAAUCACCGGCAACGGGUGGCCAGCAGCUUCCGGUGGUACAUUCCUCUUCCAGUGCCGCAGGCAGUUCCAUCAGCACCAGUUCCAACAUGCAACAGAUGCAGCAGCAGCAGCAGCAACAUCAACAGCAGUCGCAUGUCUACAACCCCAAGGCCAGCGAUGAUCUUGACUCGUCCUCGACGUCCGGUAAUUUCCAUAUGAAGAAGCCUCGGGUGCAGAUCAAUGGCCACAAUCAGAUGGCCAGCAAUGGCGGAGGAAGUGCCGGGCACUUUGGCAACGACUCCGAUGACGAUUCGGAUGACAAUAGCCAUGAUCUAAUGGAGCCUCAGGUGAUGAUGCACGAGAGCCACUACAACAAUUCCAUGGGCAUGCAGCGAGGGAAUAACAAUGGCAACAAUAACAGUGGAAGCAAUAACCAGCAGCAGCAGCAGCAGCAACAACAGCAGCAUCAGCAGCACCAGAACAUGUUUCCCUCAAACACGGACUUCCUCUUCCAGCUGUACCAGCAGUUUCCACACCAGGCCAGUGGCUCACAUCCUUCCAACUUUGGGAAAUUCCAAACACCGCCCAGUCAGCAGGGCGUGCAGCGAUUAUCGGAGCACUUGCUGGGCGAGCUGGUCACCAGCGAGCUGCUCAAGAUGAACAAGGAGCGCAAGAAGAGUGCCCAGAAGCGAAUUCUAGAAAUACUCUUCUUCGAUGAUUAAUAAAAGCUAGCUAGCGGUAGGGUAUAAUUGUAAAUAUUGUAAUUUAGGACCUAGAACUUGAGUUAGCUGUUCCCCUUUCCCACCAAGAAGGCAUGUGGAGCCCUUUCUAUUUGUGCUAGUCAACUACCAGCAAGCCAGGCGCUGGCCUGGAUUCCGUAUAUGCAUUAGUUUAAAUAUACAUUUAUAGGUUUUAAAA